AUGGGAGAGAGCCCUGUGACUCAGCCAAAAGCAAAAACAAAAGGCCUGAUCAAGAUGGCAGAGAAGCCCAAGCGCCCACAUCUGGGAUUGGCCCAGUACCCCCUGUUGCUCACGCUGGAGCCUGAGGGGCGUGGCCUGGGUGGACAGGUCCUGGAGUUGGCUGGCCCAGAGGAGGUCCACGUCCACCAGAAAGACGGCAUCCUGAUCUGCGACAACUUCCUGCUGGGGCAGUGUCUGGAGGGGGAGCGUUGCCUGCGCCACCACACCCCCAACCCCUUCCACUGGCAGAUGCGGCGCACGGCAGACGGGGUGUGGCUGAGUAUUGGCACAUUGGCCCAACAGCACCUGGAGAACCUCUACUGCAGCACCAGCCGUGACAACGUGCAGCUCAUGGACAAGGCCGGCUCAUCCUGGACCCUCAACCUGAACUCCAUGGACCUGAAGCCCAGCCAGCUCUAUGACCGUGUCCGGCGCCUCUCCAACAGCAGUGACCCCAGCCGCAACCCCUACUUCCCCAUGGAGUGGCAGGUGUACUGGGAGGAGUGCGGCGAGUGGCUCGUGUACGAGGAGCCGGUGCGGUGGGAGCUGCUGGCGGCCUUCGAGAAGGGCAUGUGGAACCACGCCUUCAAGCUGCGUGGCCAACUGUACAACGUGGACCUGAAGAAACUGACCCAGCGCAAUGUGCGUACGGGCUUCACCCGGCGCAUCCUGCACCGCCCAAUCUUCCGCCCGCCGUGGCGCCUGGCGCCCCACCUGCGGACAGGACCGGGCACCACCCUCUCUUCCCCCGGCACCGUCCCUGGAGAGGACCCCCAGGACACCUACUGGGGCCCGUACCCUGCGUCCUGGGUCCCCAAGGCCUCAGUGGGCACCAUGUUCACGCUGGCAGAAGUGGCACCAGCAGAGAGGGCCUAUGAGACUACAUGCACGCUGUUCCACAAAACCCUGGCAGAGGACAAGGCAUUGGUGCUGGCCAUCUACCGGGUCCGGAAUGACUACCUGUGGCAGAAAUACUGUGGGCAGAAGACGUUCAUGGCCCAAAGCCGUCCCCAUGUGGCGCGGUGCUGCCUGGAGAGACACCUCUUCCACGGCACCAGGGCCAGCAAAGUGCAGCCCAUCUGCGAGAUGAACUUUGAUCCCCGGGUGUCAGGGGAGAACGGCGAGGCUUACGGGCAGGGCAGCUACUUCGCCACUGACGCCUCCUACUCCCACACUUACGCCAAGGUGGACGAGGCUAGCCUGUGCCACAUGUUCCUGGUCAAGGUGCUUGUGGGGAGCUCGGUGCGGGGCAAUCCCAUGUUCCGGCGCCCCCCCCCGGCACACGACGGCCGCCUCUACGACUCCUGCACGGACCGUGCUAAGAAGCCGCAGAUCUUCGUCAUCUUUGACAGCUGCCAGUGCUACCCCUACUUCCUGAUCCGCUACAAGCUGCUCUCUGAGCCCGUGGCCGUGGACUCGUGAUGGGGGA